AUGUUGCAGGUAAGUCGGCAGUGUUCUCCUUGCUGCCCAGUCUAUACCAGGAGACUAACUGCUAUCAGGAUUGUCUUUUGAUUAUUGUCUUCCGCUGAUUGAUAAACCCCUAAACAGCAAGUACACCAGCAGGGGAGUCCCACCGACACAGAUUCCCCCUCAGGACAUGAGCUGUGCUGCCCUGCUCACUAGGUGGCACUGUGGAGCGCAACCACCCUCCCUCCACCCAUCUACCUGUAUCCAUUACUUCAUGUUAACCCUUUCCCUCCACCUCUAGUUUCCUCUCCCUGUCUUCCAGUCACUAAUCACCUGGAGACUGAGCAUGCCUCUGUUGCAGUGCCUGUAGGAUGGCCUAUGGCCCUUUUCUUACCUACAGAGAAAAAAAAGUUCAAUCUUUUUUUUGUUCCAUCUAUGCUGUUCUGUGUUUGACUUCCUCUCUCCCUCCCUCCUGUCUGCUCCCUGUCAUCAGUGGAACGUUGAGGAUACCAUGGACUAUGUGAGUAGGAGAAGUGUGUAGUGUGUGCUGGGUGCGGUGCAGUUUGAAGGUCGGUGGGCCCAUGGGGAUCGCUCUCUAUCCUCUCCCAAUUCCUCUCUCUUUCUCUCUGUCUGGGGACUAACACUCUCUCCUUCCCUUAACCUCAAGCAGUCAGACUAGUAGGAAGAUUUCACUUUAGAAAGAAAGAGCUAGACAGGGAGCACAUAGUAUGUGAAAUAAGCUUUUCCACAUCAUUAUUUUUUAAAUGUAAUGUAAAUGUAACAGGAUAAAGUGCCUCUUCUUCCUUAAAAACAGUUUUCUGUGAUAUGAGGCAUAACCUAUACAUGACCUUAACUGAGCAUUAUUAUCAUGCUACAGUAUAUUCCUUAUCUCACAAGUCCUCUAGCUAUAGCCUAGUCCUAUUAAUGUUUUCCGCUCCACUCUCCUCCCUUCUCUUUUUUUAAAACCCUAGGCCAUUUUCACUACACCUCUAUUUCUACUCUCUAUUUUCACUAUCUACAGUAUCUUUUUCUCGCUGGAUCAUCUCUUUCUAACUAGACCUUCAUUUACACAUACAUGUAACUGCCAAAAUAAAGGAAACACUUGGGUAAGUGAGGGAUACAAAGUAUAUUGAAAGCAGGUGUCUCCACAAAGGUGUCGUUCCUGAGCAGUUUCUAAGCAAUUAACAUCCCAUCAUGCUUAGGGUCAUGUAUAUAAAUGGUGGGAAGGCCCAGAUGCCGAUUAUUUUGGCCACCAUGGCUAUGCCCCCAUAGGAUGGCGAUGCCCCCAUUUGCAGGGCACGAGUGGUCACUGAAUGGUUUGAUGAGCAUGAAAACGAUGUAAACCAUAUGCCAUGGCCGUCUCAGUCACCAGAUCUCAACCCAAUUGAACACAUAUGGGAGAUUCUGUUGCGGCACCUGAGACAGUGUUUUCCACCACGAUCAACAAAACACAAAAUUAUGGAAUUUAUUGUGGUCGAAUGGUGUUGCAUCCCUCCAGUAGAGUUCCAGAUACUUGUAGAAUAUAUGCCAAGGCGCAUUGAAUCUGUUCUGGCUCGUGGUGGCCCAACGCCCUAUUAAGACACUUUAUGUUGGUGUUUCCUUUAUUUUGGCAGUUACCUGUAGAUAGUAAUGCUUCUCCACCUUUACUCUCUGUGUCUGUCAGUCGUCAAUCAGUCAGCAACCUUCUUACAGCAGGUCCCUGUCUAGUCCAACUGAACUUUUCACUCGUCACAAAACAGGAAAAUCUAUUUUUAUGAGUUCUCAUGAAGUUUCCCUGUCUCCUUUCCUUACAAAAUGCUUAGGCUUCUUACUUACCAAGUGUGUUGUGUGAGGAAGGCGGGUGGUGCUGGGUGUGUGUAGGUGUACGGCUCGGAGUGGGGGAAUGUGGAGGGUGUAGGGAGGGGAGUGUGUGAGAAAUCUGGUUGGGGGGCGUGGAGUGCAGGGGGUUCUGAGGCAGAACUGUAAGCUCUAGUCCGUGUCCCAAAUGACCCCUAUUCCAUAUAGUGCACUACUUUUGAACAGAGCCCCAUGGGCCCUGGUCAAAAGUAGUGCACUAUAAGGGAAUAAGGUGCUAUUUGGGACGCAGGCCUAGUCUGCAGCACUCCUUCAGUCACCUCUACUCUGCCUCAGCUUUGAUAUGAACACAGACACAUUUCAAUACGCUUCAAGUGGAGGAACGCAGCUCAGCUCAACGUCACUGUGUUUCUGCGGUUGGUGAGAGAGUGCUGCUGAAGACCACGCACACUGCACAAUGUGUGUCAUACUAUGUGUGUUCAAUCAUAGUUUGUACAUGGUGUGUGUGUGCGUGUGGGUGCAUACCUGCUUGUGUGUGUGGGGGAGGUGUGUGUGCAUGCAUUCUGGCGUGUGUGUGUGUGUGUCUUGGUAGCAGCCUCUCCUGGGCUCAGUAGUGUCAUCAUGUUACGUGACAACCGGCAGCACCUCUCAUCUCAGAGGCGUUACAGCUGUAAAUCCUCUUUUGUUUUGGUUCGGCAGGAAUAAAGGUGUCCUUAUGGAUUAUGUGUAUUUAAUUAUCUGGGCCAGCCAACCACACAUAGUAAUGAUUAAUACCUGUCUGUCUUCCAGGUAUAGUAUGGCUUUUACUAAAAAGUGGAUUUACAGUUUGAGUAACAGCUAAGAUGGUGUGAGGGCUGCAGAACUUCAUGCUACGUUGUGUUGUUGAAUACAUUUUGACUCCCGCUAAUUCUGUGAAUUGCUGCUCCUGUAUGUUUCUGUUGCGUUAUGGAAGGUGCACACGGCCCAGUGAUGCAGACUGUGGAUUUGUUGGUUUGUUUGCCUUUCUUUAUGUGUUGGUUAUAUAUUGUUGUUGGCCAAUUGUCUGUGUUUGUGCAUUCGUGCAUACCUGUGUAAAGUGCCUGUGUGCAUGUGUGCAUAUGUGCACGUGUGCAUGCUCCUGUGUGUGUGUGUGUGUGUGUAUAUUGGUGGAAACUAUCCCACUUCCUCUGAACAGAGAUUCAUAUUCUGAUACCAUCCUAGACUAAAGAGACAGAGGUCCCUGACUCACCUCACAGUGUCACAGGGAAAUCAAACCCACCCCAUCCAUCCUUCAGAGAAACUGAAGAUGUAGGAUCUUAAUUUCAGCCAAUUUGCUACAGCAAGAAAAUAAUCCUGCACAACAGGAAAUGUGAAUUAUUAUGUGGAUUAUAAUUAAUGGAUUUUUUUUUAGGAGUUGAUAAAUUUUUCGUAAGUGAAAAUCAGGUCUGAAAUUUCUAAGUGGAAAUUACAAACUUCAGAAAGCACUUUAAACCUCAAGUUUACAUUUCCUGCAUUGCAACAGGAUGAUCAAAUUACAAUCCUAUAUAUGUAGUUGUUAAUUAGGCCUGAUAGUUGUGUAACUCUAAAACAGUGACGUAGCAUAGGCCCUCUUGGUGAUCAGGGUGAAGGGGUUAGGGUUAGGCCCUCCUGGUGAUCAGGGUGGAGGGGUUAGGGUUAGGCCCUCCUGGUGAUCAGGGUGGAGGGUUAGGGUUAGGCCCUCCUGGUGAUCAGGGUGGAGGGUUAGGGUUAGGCCCUCUUGGUGAUCAGGGUGGAGGGUUAGGGUUAGGCCCUCCUGGUGAUCAGGGUGGAGGGUUAGGGUUAGGUCCUCCGGGUGAUCAGGGUGGAGGGUUAGGGUUAGGCCCUCCUGGUGAUCAGGGUGGAGGGUUAGGGUUAGGCCCUCCUGGUGAUCAGGGUGGAGGGUUAGGGUUAGGCCCUCUUGGUGAUCAGGGUGGAGGGUUAGGGUUAGGCCCUCCUGGUGAUCAGGGUGGAGGGUUAGGCCCUCCUGGUGAUCAGGGUGGAGGGUUAGGGUUAGGCCCUCCUGGUGAUCAGGGUGGAGGGUUAGGGUUAGGCCCUCCUGGUGAUCAGGGUGGAGGGUUAGGGUUAGGCCCUCCUGGUGAUCGAGGUGGACGGUUAGGGUUAGGCCCUCCUGGUGAUUGAGGUGGGGGGUUAGGGUUAGGCCCUCCUGGUGAUCGAGGUGGACGGUUAGGGUUAGGCCCUCCUGGUGAUUGAGGUGGGGGGUUAGGGUUAGGCCCUCCUGGUGAUCGAGGUGGACGGUUAGGGUUAGGCCCUCCUGGUGAUCAGGGUGGAGGGUUAGGGUUAGGCCCUCCUGGUGAUUGAGGUGGACGGUUAGGGUUAGGCCCUCCUGGUGAUUGAGGUGGGGGGUUAGGGUUAGGCCCUCCUGGUGAUCAGGGUGGAGUGUUAGGGUUAGGCCCUCCUGGUGAUUGAGGUGGAGGGUUAGGAUUAGGCCCUCCUGGUGAUCGAGGUGGAGGGGUUAGAGGGAGGUGGAAGAGGGGGGUGGGAAAAGGAGGUGGAGUACCAGAGGAUUUGAUCUGGAGCCUACUGAAACUGGAAGUCAUGAAGACUUGAUUGGCUUUAUUUAAACAUGCCUGUACGUAGUUCCCUUGGAUGUAGAACAGAAUCAUUCAUCAUGUCUUAUUCUGCAUCCUAAAUGGCAUCCUAUUCCCUAUAUAGUGCACUGCUUUUGACCAGAGCCCUAUGGGCAGCCCAUGUCUUAAUGUUAAAUGUUUAAUAUAUUGUGGUUCUCUGUAGCUCAGCUGGUAGAGCACGGCGCUUGUAACGCCAAGGUAGUGGGUUCGAUCCCCGGGACCACCCAUACACAAAAAUGUAUGCACGCAUGACUGUAAGUCGCUUUGGAUAAAAGCGUCUGCUAAAUGGCAUAUUAUUAUAUUAUAUUAUUAUUAUAUUCCCUCCCUGAGAAUCCAUCCCUACAUUCCCAGAGAACCAGAGAUCCCCCCUCCCCCUGCCUCAAACUCCUCCCCCUCCUCCCCCUCCUCCACUCCCCUCUGCAUUUUAAAGAGAGAGAGAUAAGAGACUGAUUAUAAUUGUUUUCCAAUUGAAGGAGAGAAACCACUCCAGUGCCGAAACUAAAAAGGAAUCCUGUACAUUUAAAAUAAUGAGGCUUUUAAAAUAAAUGUAAUAGCUUCAGAUGACUCAUAUUUCCCUCUUAUCUCUAACUCUCCACCCCCUUACUGGAAGAUGGGGUGAGGUGGGGGUGGGGGGGGGGGGGGGGGUUACGUAAACCCUAAGUGAGCGAUAUUUUCUCAAAAUAGCCUACUACAUAGACCGCCAGCCUGCUCUGCUCAGUAGCAUGUCUGUGAUUAAUUAGCAGAAAGGGAAGAGCUUUCUUUUUUCAUGAAUGUCAUGCAAUAAAGAUGUGAGAGGCUAGCCAUGAAAUCAUAAUUAAAGAUUUGUUUGGUCUCUGGGAAUCAGAGCUGGCUUGUAUGGCCAUGCUAAUUUGUGUGGUUGUUAGCUGCAGCUUUGUGGUCUGUCAUCUCAUCUCCUCUUCUCAGAUGACUGGGCUGAGCUCCAGGCCCAGGCACCUACAGGCUGGGCUGAGCUCCAGGCCCAGGCCCAGGCACAUACAGGCUGGGCUGAGCUCCAGGCCCCAGGCACCCACAGGCUGGGCUGAGCUCCAGGCCCCAGGCACCUACAGGCUGGUGCUACGUGCGGCAGGCUGAUGGAGGGAUAAGAUGGAGGGAUAGAGGGAUGGGGAGAUGAGUCUUCCUGGGUGUUCUCAGUUAGAAACCCCCCUCCUGUCUUUGACUUCCUCUCUUCCGUCUGAAGCUCAUCCAUCUAUCCGGGUUGCGUCCCAAAUGGCACCAUAUUGCCUUUAUAGUGCACUACUUGUAUGUCGGUGUCCUUACAGCCCUGGUCAAAAGUAGUGCACUAUAUAGGGAAUAGGAUGCCAUUUGGGACAUACCACUGGUCUUAACUCUCUCCCCUCCUCUCCACCGCUCUCUCGCUCAUCUCAUCAGCCCUGGAGGAAUUGGAUCCCCUGCUCAGUCAGAGGAGAAAGAAACUCUCCAACUCUUUUAUGGGCUCAAAGGAGCUCCGGCUCUUUAGGUGUCGACAUUUUAAUGAGUUCCUUUUGAAACUGAGAGGAACUUGCGAUGUGUGUGAUGGGUGUGUGUGUGUGUGUGUGUGUGUGUGUGGGUGCGUACGUGCGUGCGUGUGUGUGCGUGUGUGAAAGAGAGAUCUCAAGUUUUAAUUUGCGUGAUGGGUGUGUGUGUGUGUGCAUGCGUGUGUGCGUGCGUGUGUGUGCGUGUGUGAAAGAGAGAUCUCAAGUUUUAAUUUGCAUCAUGGGUGUGUAUUUUGUGUGGUUUGUGUAUGUGUGCUUGGGUUUUAAUUGUGGUGUGCUCAAUGUGGUUUGCUUAUUAUAGCCUACACUUGACAGUUGGAGACAAACUGCUUUAAAGGCUGUGGUUCUGGCCAGUCAGAGAGAGAGACAGGGAACAACUCUGAACAUUUUGACUGGGGGCGUAUCUUCAAGAGUGUCUGACUAGGUUUGUGUCCCAAAUGGUGCCCUAUUCCCUACAUAGUGCACUACUUUUGACCAAAGCCAUAUGGGACCUGGUCAAAAGAGAGUAGCGUGCAAGACUCAGGGAUCAAGGCUGUGACUUUAUUUGGGUUGUAAUAAUUCAACACUGGUAUUUGUGUUUUUGGGCUGUAUACCACCUAUAUUAAAAGAGAAUGUCACUAUUUUGGAACCUAAUCUGUAUCUAAUUUGAGGCUCAGCAAGUCAAUCGCUGCUUGGGUAAAUUUCUCAAAACUAAGUGAAAUUGUAAAAAAAGUUUCUGGACACUUCUACAACAUGCCAUUUACAUCAAACACACAUAUUAGGUUCCUAAAUUGUGAAAUUAUCCUUUAAUAUUCCCCAGUAUAUCUAAUGAAGAAUGAGUAGAUAAAUAUUUACAAAAUGACUGAGACACAGUACUGAGACACCGUACUGAGACACAGUACUGAGACACAGUACUGAGACACCGUACUGAAACACAGUACUGAGACACAGUAAAAUGAGACACAGUACUGAGACACAGUAAAAUGAGACACAGUACUGAGACACAGUAAAAUGAGACACAGUACUGAGACACAGUAAAAUGAGACACAGUACUGAGACACAGUAAAAUGAGACACAGUACUGAGACACAGUAAAAUGAGACACAGUACUGAGACACAGUAAAAUGAGACAGUACUGAGACACAGUAAAAUGAGACAGUACUGAGACUGAAUACUAUCCAGCUCUAAAAUGUCUGUUUAUGACAACAGCACUUUACCUUUUUACUUUUUCAUUCACACAGACAAUAUUUAUUUAAUUUCUUUCAAAAACCUUGUUUGGGGCAAGUUGUAAAAUACAGGAAAUGAUUCAACCAUCAGACAAUGCAAUCAAACGUCUAAGGGACACAGACACACAGUAACUAAUAUUGUAUAUGCAGCUCUUAUUUGUGUAGAACAAGUAGAGGCAGCAUCUCGAGGACAGCAGAUCUUGAGGACAGAUCUUGUUGUGGACAGAUCAUGUUGAGGAUCAUCUUGAGGACAGAUGUUGUUGAGGACAGAUGUUGUUGAGGACAGAUCUAGUUAAAGAUCAUCUUGAGUACAGAAGAUCUUGAGGACAGAUCUUGUUGAGGACAGAUCUUGUUGAGGAUCAUCUUGAGGACAUAUAUUGUUGAGGACAGAUCUUGUUGAAGGCAGAUCUUUUACCCUCUCUGUAACCAUUUCUCAAAAAGAACGUCAAUGCCUUGGGAGUGUUUAAAAUGCUAUUUUAACGUAUGGUGUUUUAAAUCAAUGCCUUGGGAGUGUUUAAAAUACUACACUGACGUAUGGAGUGUGUGUGUGUGUGUGUGUGUGCGCUUGAGUGCCUAACCCUCCCGGAGUGGACUCAACACAGUACAGUGGGUGAAGGCUCGGCCAUUGUGUUAGCCGUCUUUAUAGCGUUAGCCUGACCCAGACUGUUUAAACUUUUCUCUCCCCCAGGAAGCUGUUAUAACAGGCCUGCUCCCUGAGACCACCUACUCUGUCACCGUGGCAGCCUACACCACCAAGGGGGAUGGGGCACGCAGUAAGGCCAAGGUGGUCACCACCACAGGAGCAGGUGUGUACAGCCACACACACACACACUCACACACACACAAACUGCGCUGACCAGCUGGCACGUGUCUUCCCUGACCCAGUCUGUAAUACCUGCAUGUUUCAAGCAGGCCACCAUAGUCCCUGUGCCCAAGAACGCCAAGGUAACCUGUCUAAAUGACUAUCGCCCCAUAGCACUCACAUCUGUAGCCAUGAAAUGCUAUGGAAGGCAGGUCAUGGUUCACAACAACAUCAUUUUACAUGUUUAGUCAUUUAGCAGACGCUCUUAUCCAGAGCGACUUACAGUUAGUGAGUGCAUAAAUUUUUCAUACUGGCCCCCCAUGGGAAUCGAACCCACAACCCUGGCGUUGCAAGUGCCAUGCUCUACCAACUGAGCUACAGGAGGGCCAGACACCCUGGACCCACUCCAAUUCACAUACCGCCCCAACAGAUCCACAGAUGAUGCAAUCUCUAUUGUACUCCACACUGCCGUCUCCCACCUGGACAAGAGGAACACCUAUGUGAGAAUGCUGUUCAUUGACUACAGCUCAUCGUUCCAUAGUGCCCUCCAAGCUCAUCACUAAGCUAAGGACCCUGGGACUGAACACAUAAAUGACGGUGGUAGGCCUGAUUACCAACAGUGAUGAGGCAGCCUAUAGGGAGGAGGUCAGAGACCUGGCAGUGUGGUGCCAGGACAACAACCUCUCCCUCAAUGUCAGCAAGACAAAGGAGCUGAUCGUGGACUACAGGAAACUGAGGGCCGAGCACGCCCGCAUUCACAUUGACAGGGCUGUUGUGGAGCGGGUCGAGUUCCUCGGUGUCCACAUCACUAAGGAUUUAUCAUGGUCCACACACCAACACAGUCGUGAAGAGGGCACGACAAUGCCUCUUCCUUCUCAGGAGGCUGAAAAGAUUUGGCAUGGGCCCUCAGAUCCUCAAAAAAGUUAUACAGCUGCACCAUUGAGAGCAUAUUGACUGGCUGAAUCACUGCUUGGUAUGGCAACUGCUUGGCAUCUGACCGCAAGGCGCUAGAGAGGGAGGUGCGUACGGCCCAGUACAUCACUGGGGCCGAGCUACCUGCCAUCCAGGACCUCUAUACCAGGCAGUGUCAGAGGAAGGCCCUAAAAAUUGUCAAAGACUCCAGCCAACCAAGUCAUAGACUGUUCUCUAUGCUACCGCACGGCAAGCGGUACCGAUGCAGUCUGGAACCAACAGGACCCUGAACAGCUUCUACCCCCAAGCCAUAAGACUGCUAAAUAGUUAGUCCGGGUAGCUAUUUGGUUAACUAUUUAACUAUCUGCAUUGACCCUUUUCGAACUAACUUUUUUAACUCAUCACAUAUGCUGCUGCUAGUGUUUAUUAUCUAUCCUGUUGCCUAAUCACUUCCUAGUUAUAUGUACAUAUCUUCCUCAAUUACCAUGUACCCCUGCACAUCGACUCUGUCAUGGUACACCGUGUACACCGUGUAUAUAGCCAAGUUAUCGUUACUCAUUGUGUAUUUAUUAAUAAAGGCAACAACAGCCUCCUAGUGUGACAGUGACAGGACUGUGUAAGUUAUGGCCUGUGAGGGUUUUAGUUUUUUAGAGAGAGCAUGGGAAGUUGAGUUCAUUGAAAGUUCAGUGUUCCUAGAGGUGUCAGUGGUUGAGAAGAAGUAGUCCCGGUGUAAGUUUCCGUGAUAACGUCACUGCAGUCAUCACUACAAAUAGAACAGUAGUACUCACUUUAACUGGCUUGACCUGAAACUACCCUCUUACUCUGACUACACACUAUGGCUGCCUCCCAAAUGGCACCCUAUUCCUCAUAUAGUACACUACUUUUGACCAAGACCCAUAAGACUCUGGUUAAAAGUAGUGCACUAUAUAGGGCAGGGAUGGGCAACUUUGAUGGGGGACACAAAAAAACGGAACUCAUCAUGAGGGGCCGCAGUGGCUCAUGGGUCUGCAUACCCCAAAAAAUUUACAAAAUAAACAUGUUUUAAAGUUCAUUUACAAAAAUUCUGCACAUUUUGCCAUGGGGCGUAGAGAAAAUGUUGCCGUUUUAAAGCAAGUUUGCUGCAAUACUGCACAUGUUGCCAUGGGGCAGAAAUAAGAUUUUGCAAUUUUAUAACUAAUUUCAUGCAAUUCUACUCAUUUUGCCAUGGAACGGAGAGAUAAAUGUGCAGUUUUACAGUUCAUUUCAUGCAAUUCUACACAUUUUGCCAUAUGGUGGAGCUAAAAAACUGAUGAUCAAUGGACCCACCCUGGUCGGUAAUUCGACCAUGCUUACUACAAGUUUAGAUAGCUGGCCGCUAGACUAACUUACGAAUCUAAAAGAAAAUUGCUGACAUGGGCUGAUUGAGUGACUGCUGAUGCACAACCACAUUUUGAAAUUGCACCUUGUGUAUUCUAUUAUUCUAACUGUCAACAGUAAGUUGAGACGCCGACUGAGUUCCUAAAAUAAAACAACUAAAGGGAUACAGGGAAUGGGGAGACAUUUCGGACCCAGACAUCAGCAGGUCCUUAUAGUCCACUGGUCCCCCCAUGGUCUUAAUGGUCAGAGGAACAGCAGUAAUUGUCCAGUAUAGCAACGUUUUAUAGUAGUAACUUAUGGUAAUACUGAAUAAUAGUGGAGUGGUAGUAAUCAUUUAAGUGUUCUGUGUCAUUAGUAUGUGUGUUCUGUGUCAUUAGUAAGUGUGUUCUAUGUCAUUAUGCUAAUCAUCCUAAUCUCUCUCUCUGCCCGUUAGUCCCUAGCAGGCCCACUAUGAUGAUCAGCACCACCAUCGGUAACACAGCCCUCAUCCAGUGGCAACCUCCGAAGGAGAUGGUGGGAGAGCAUGUUGGCUACCAGCUGCAGUACAAACGCAUGGAGGAGGAGUCGUUCACUGUAAAGGACUUUAAGAAGACAGACGACCACUUCACUGUCACCGGCCUGCACAAGGGCGCCACGUACGUCUUCAAGCUCUGCGCCAAGAACCGAGCGGGCACCGGCGAGGAGUAUGUGAAGGAGAUUACGACGCCGGACGAUGUGCCCAGUAGUUACCCCCAGAACCUGAGUGUCGUAGGCCUGACCACGACUACUACCAAGCUUGCCUGGGAGCCUCCAGCGCUGGCUGAGAGGAACGGGAGGAUCGUCCAGUACGUGGUGGUGUACAGAGAUAUCAACAGUCAACAGAACCACACCAAUAGGUAUUAUUAGGAUUAUUUACUUUAUUCACUACUCAUGUAAAUCAUGGCUGUGUCCCAAAUGGCACCCUAUUCCCUAUGUAGUGGCCAUAGGGCUCUGGUCAAAACUAGUGCACUGUGUAGGGAAUAUGGUGACAUUUGGGCACAGUCCCCUGUACAGUUCCCUGCCCAAGCAUUUUGUUGGAUUUUAUGUUCUGUAAGGAGUUCUGAUGACACAAACACAGUAAAAUGCUUGUUGUUAUUAAAAUGCUAAAAAUUUUAUCUUAUUGUUUCUAUCUCAACAGCACGACAGAGACCCAGAUGACCAUCAUGGGGCUGCAGCCUGAUACCACCUAUGACAUCAGGGUCAGGGCUUUCACCAGCAAGGGACCAGGACCCAACAGUCCUAGUAUACAGAGUAGGACCAUGUCUACCUCCAUGCCCGGUGAGCACUCACAUAUACUGUUCACAUACAGACACUCACACACAAACUCUGUUGCACCCCCCAUUGCUUGAGUACACGCAUUAUGCACCAGGGAUCAUUGCAUGCAAGCCCAAAGGUUGGGGGAACCGACACAUCCAAAGAGGGCAUGAUCGUGUCUACCUCCAUGCCUCGUGAGCUCUGCUGAUCUGAAUAAAUAGUCUUACACAGGUGCAGACACACCAGACCCACAUAUUCAUGCAAACACACUCACUCAUACACACACACACACACACACACACACACACACACACACACACACACACACACACACACACACACACACACACACACACACACACACAUACAUCCAGUCUCUCUGGCACAGACAGAGCAGAUGGUAUGUGAGAGGAACAUAUGCGUAGCUGUGUGUGUGGAAGCUGGUGGCAACUGGCAGAACCAGUCCAGCGUAACCAGUAAAGCACAGAGGAGUUUGGUGGUAGCUUAAUUGGGGAAGACAGGCUCAUGGUAUUGGCUGGAGUGGAAUGGUAUCAAAUACAUCAAACACAUGGUUUCGCUCCAUUCCGGCCAUUAUUAUGAGCCGUCCUCCCCUCAGCAGCCUCCUGUGAUACAGCAGUACCAGGGAACACUCCUUUCAUGUUAUUAGGGUACAUAAAUACAUGUUUAUCCCCCUGCUGCUAGCUAUUUAUAGUCAAGCUUCAAAGUGCCAGUUAGCACCUUCAUACUACUGUGUGUGUGCGGUGCGCAUGUCUGUGUGUGUGUGUGUGUGUGUGUGUGUGUCUGUGUGUUUGUGCGUGUGUGUGCGUGUGUGUGUGUCUGUGUGCGUGUGUGCACGUGUCUAUAGUAAAGUUUAAUGUAGAGUAAAGCUCAUAUGAGUAGCCUUGGUGUUAAAGUGUAAAUGCAAUAACAUCCCUUAAUAUGACCAUUAAAAAGUACAGGUCCGAGAACUUUGACUAUUAGACAAUCGUUUUGUCUUCAGAGAGAUGUUUCAUAAGCUGUUUGUCAGCUAUCUAUCUUAAACCCUGUCUGCUCCUACUGUCUACUACUAUUAAUGUAGCACUGAUCUUCCAGGAUGCUCUAGGGUUGCCCUAGCUGUCAUUAUACAGGAAGUACAGAUGACAUUGCUCGUUUAUAAUUCAUCCUCUGUGUGUGUGUGUGUGUGGUGUGUGUGUGUGUGUGUGUGUGUGUGUCCCCUUCUCCCUCCUCCAACUCCCCCAGAGUUCACCAAAAACUUUGGUGUGAAAGCUGUGAUGAAGACCUCUGUCCUGCUGACUUGGGAAGUGCCAGAAACAUACAAGUCUCAAGUGCCUUUCAAGGUAAGUCAGGAAGGACAUCUUCAACCUGACAGGAGUCAUUGUCUCACGUCAGGUAGUGUGACUUUCAUCUGUACUAAUUGUUGAGGGAGUAGUGGUGAAAUUACCGUUCCAUGGACAUAAGGUACUGUAGGAUAUGGACAUAAGGUACUGUAGGGUAUGGACAUAAGGUACUGUAGGGUAUGGACAUAAGAUACUGUAGGGUAUGGACAUAAGGUACUGUAGGGUAUGGACAUAAGGUACUGUAGGAUAUGGACAUAAGAUACUGUAGGGUAUGGACAUAAGGUACUGUAGGGUAUGGACAUAAGAUACUGUAGGGUAUGGACAUAAGGUACUGUAAGAUAUAUGGACAUAAGGUACUGUAGGAUAUGGACAUAAGGUACUGUAGGGUAUGGACAUAAGGUACUGUAGGGUAUGGACAUAAGAUACUGUAGGGUAUGGACAUAAGGUACUGUAGGGUAUGGACAUAAGGUACUGUAGGGUAUGGACAUAAGGUGCUGUAGGGUAUGGACAUAAGGUACUGUAGGAUAUGGACAUAAGGUACUGUAGGAUAUAGACAUAAGGUACUGUAGGAUAUGGAUAUAAGGUACUGUAGGAUAUGGACAUAAGGUACUGUAGGAUAUGGACAUAAGGUACUGUAGGGUAUGGAUAUAAGGUACUGUAGGAUAUGGACAUAAGGUACUGUAGGAUAUGGACAUAAGGUACUGUAGGGUAUGGACAUAAGGUACUGUAGGGUAUGGAUAUAAGGUACUGUAGGAUAUGGACAUAAGGUACUGUAGGAUAUGGACAUAAGGUACUGUAGGGUAUGGAUAUAAGGUACUGUAGGAUAUGGACAUAAGGUACUGUAGGAUAUGGACAUAAGGUACUGUAGGGUAUGGACAUAAGGUACUGUAGGAUAUGGACAUAAGAUACUGUAGGAUAUGGACAUAAGGUACUGUAGGGUAUGGACAUAAGGUACUGUAGGAUAUGGACAUAAGGUACUGUAGGGUAUGGACAUAAGGUACUGUAGGGUAUGGACAUAAGGUACUGUAGGAUAUAUGGACAUAAGAUACUGUAGGAUAUGGACAUAAGAUACUGUAGGAUAUGGACAUAAGGUACUGUAGGGUAUGGACAUAAGGUACUGUAGGAUAUGGACAUAAGGUACUGUAGGGUAUGGACAUAAGGUACUGUAGGAUAUGGACAUAAGGUACUGUAGGAUAUAUGGACAUAAGAUACUGUAGGGUAUGGACAUAAGGUACUGUAGGAUAUGGACAUAAGGUACUGUAGGAUAUGGACAUAAGGUACUGUAGGGUAUGGACAUAAGGUACUGUAGGGUAUGGACAUAAGGUACUGUAGGAUAUGGACAUAAGGUACUGUAGGAUAUGGAGAUGCUGGAAAUCAUCAAUCAGGCUUUGACAUACCUCAUCACACAUGGCCCAUACCUCUCCUGAGGUAGAAAGGAAAAGGGGGGGGAUACAAUCACAAGAAAGUAGAAUUGUAUACCAUUUCACUAUUGCCAAUGAAUAUGAUAGAGACUUCAUUGUAUGCCUGACCUUUGUAAUGACCAAGAGGUGGUCAGUGUGAAAGUCAUUGACCAGAGCACCCCCUGUUGGUCAGAAUGUAUACAACCAGGAGAGAGAGAGAGAGAGGCAGUGGAGGCUGGUGGGAGGAGCUAUAGGUGGAUGCACUCAUUGUAAUGGCUGAAAUGGAAUAUUUGGAUGGAGUCAAACAUGUGGUUUCCAUAUGUUUGAUGCGUUUGAUACUGUUCCAUUUAUUCCAUUCCAGCCAUUACAAUGAGCCCGUCCUCUUAUAGCUCCUCCCACCAGCCGCCACUGGUGUAUGUGAGUGUGUGGGUGUGUGUGUGUGUGUGUGUGUAACACUCCUCUCUGUGUCUCUAUCUCUAUCUAGAUCCUGUAUAACCAGCAGAGUGUGGAGGUGCAGGGGAACCUGAAGAGAAAGCUGAUAAGUCGUCUCCAGCCAGACACAGACUACAGCUUUGUGUUGAUGUCUAGAGGGAACAGUGCUGGAGGUCUACAGCAGCAGGUCUCCAUCAGGACCGCCCCAGACCUGCUCAAGACCAAACCCAUCCAAUACCAACCCGACCUAGAGGAGGGGGGCAGGCUCACCAUCACCCUGCCCAAAGUCCCCACCACCGCCCCUGUCAGGUCUGUUGUGUCUAUCACCAUUACCAUUAGUGUCACUGCUACAACUAGGGCUAUCACCACCUUCCUUCCUGGUCAAUGCUGGUGUGUGUGUGUUGAGGAAUGGUUAUAAUUGUUUGUGCUAAAUCACUGUCAGCUGCUAUGUCACCAUUCCUCUAAACGAGGACCUGGGGCGAUUGUUCCUUAGUCUUCAGUCCACUGAAUACAACGGGGCUUUCUCAAACCCUAUAGCUAUUAAUAUUAUUUAUUAGUGCUACUGCUAGUAUUAUACACCUCAUCCUGUACUCACUAUCGUUGCAUACAACAACAUGAAUCCUCCACCACCACUAUCCCAACUAUCUCCUUAAGAACAGCAGGGGAUAGAGAAGGCUUUGUGAAGUGUUGCUAUUGUAUGUUGUCUAGGUGGAAGUUGUGCUACGUCAUCCAUUCAUCUCUCUGGCUGCAGGCCAUAUCUCACAGAGCCAUACUGUUAAAAGUAAUACCCAGCACUUUGUAAGGAGCUGAGAGAGGAUUUAGACAGAGAGUGGAUGACGCACAGCAGAGUUUUGAGAGGCUGAGCUGGCUGGACUUUAGAAGGAGGCUUUCCUCACCAGACACACAGAAAACAACAUGGCCUUUAAUGUUAAUGCUAAAUCAAUAGCCUCAGACACACACACACACAGAGAAGCUGUGUCCGCCGGGGCCGUCUACAUGGAGAACAACUCCUUUGCCUUCAUAUCCAUCCUUGUCUUCUACACAGUUCAUAACGCCUUGUUAUUUUCACAUUUAUUCUCAGUGGUAGAGCAGUAGAGGGAAAACCCUAUUAGGGAUGUAGUCUGGCCUUGUCCCAGAUUAGGCUGCAAUAAUUGCUAGUGAAAACCUUCAAAAAUAGCCUUUAUCUGAAAAAUCUGUGCUAGUAAGAAUACCCAUCUUUACAGUAGCUUUGUGCUACUCUCCCAAUACAGCAGAAAGACAUUUCUUCAUGUGUUUGUUUCUCUAAGGAAACAGGAACUACUAAGCCUUAAUAAGCAGCGCCAGCAGGAGUGGUAAAAACAGAAAACUCAUUUAACAAUACAAUCAGUAUUUACAUUUUCCGGCCAUUAAUUAUUGGGGAUGAGAGAGUAUAUAUACAGUGGGGAAAAAAAGUAUUUAGUCAGCCACCAAUUGUGCAAGUUCUCCCACUUAAAAAGAUGAGAGAGGCCUGUAAUUUUCAUCAUAGGUACACGUCAACUAUGACAGACAAAUUGAGAAAAAAAAAUCCAGAAAAUCACAUUGUAGGAUUUUUAAUGAAUUUAUUUGCAAAUUAUGGUGGAAAAUAAGUAUUUGGUCACUUACAAACAAGCAAGAUUUCUGGCUCUCACAGACCUGUAACUUCUUCUUUAAGAGGCUCCUCUGUCCUCCACUCGUUACCUGUAUUAAUGGCACCUGUUUGAACUUGUUAUCAGUAUAAAAGACACCUGUCCACAACCUCAAACAGUCACACUCCAAACUCCACUAUGGCCAAGACCAAAGAGCUGUCAAAGGACACCAGAAACAAAAUUGUAGACCUGCACCAGGCUGAGAAGACUGAAUCUGCAAUAGGUAAGCAGCUUGGUUUGAAGAAAUCAACUGUGGGAGCAAUUAUUAGGAAAUGGAAGACAUACAAGACCACUGAUAAUCUCCCUCGAUCUGGGGCUCCACGCAAGAUCUCACCCCGUGGGGUCAAAAUGAUCACAAGAACGGUGAGCAAAAAUCCCAGAACCACACGGGGGGACCUAGUGAAUGACCUGCAGAGAGCUGGAACCAAAGUAACAAAGCCUACCAUCAGUAACACACUACGCCGCCAGGGACUCAAAUCCUGCAGUGCCAGACGUGUCCCCCUGCUUAAGCCAGUACAUGUCCAGGCCCGUCUGAAGUUUGCUAGAGUGCAUUUGGAUGAUCCAGAAGAGGAUUGGGAGAAUGGCAUAUGGUCAGAUGAAACCAAAAUAGAACUUUUUGGUAAAAACUCAAAAAGAAUGCUGAGUUGCAUCCAAAGAACACCAUACCUACUGUGAAGCAUGGGGGUGGAAACAAGGGGCUGUUUUUCUGCAAAGGGACCAGGACGACUGAUCCGUGUAAAGGAAAGAAUGAAUGGGGCCAUGUAUCGUGAGAUUUUGAGUGAAAACCUCCUUCCAUCAGCAAGGGCAUUGAAGAUGAAACGUGGCUGGGUCUUUCAGCAUGACAAUGAUCCCAAACACACCGCCCGGGCAACGAAGGAGUGGCUUCGUAAGAAGCAUUUCAAGGUCCUGGAGUGGCCUAGCCAGUCUCCAGAUCUCAACCCCAUAGAAAAUCUUUGGAGGGAGUUGAAAGUCCGUGUUGCCCAGCGACAGCCCCAAAACAUCACAGCUCUAGAGGAGAUCUGCAUGGAGGAAUGGGCCAAAAUACCAGCAACAGUGUGUGAAAACCUUGUGAAGACUUACAGAAAACGUUUGACCUGUGUCAUUGCCAACAAAGGGUAUAUAACAAAGUAUUGAGAAACGUUUGUUAUUGACCAAAUACUUAUUUUCCACCAUAAUUUGCAAAUAAAUUCAUAAAAAAUCCUACAAUGUGAUUUUCAGGAUUUUCUUUUCUCAUUUUGUCUGUCAUAGUUGACGUGUACCUAUGAUGAAAAUUACAGGCCUCUCUCAUCUUUUUAAGUGGGAGAACUUUCACAAUUGGUGGCUGACUAAAUACUUUUUUCCCCCACUGUAUAGCGAGAUAUUUCUAUGUUUGAGUACUUCUGGCUGUGGAGAAUGGAUUGUGGCCUUAGCGGAGCCUGCAUGUGAUGAAACAGAUAUCUGAGACAUGCUCAGGCUUACCCAAAGAGAAACUGUGUUACACACACACGCAACCACACUCACUCCCACACACACACACACUCACUCACUCACUUAUUCACACACACCCUGAUCUUGCUUACCCUGCCUGUCUCUCCCUCUACAGAUGGUACUACAUAGUGGUGGUCCCUGUCACACCAGCCACGCUACGUAGGUGGGAGAACCCUGAAGAUAUGGACCUGGAUGAGGUGCGUGCGUUUGUGUGUGUUUGUGUGUGUGUGUGUGUGUGUGUGUGUCAACAGCACUUUCUCUGGACACAGAUCAAAUAAAAGUCUUCCAUAGCACCAAGACCAUUAAAUAUGUAGCGUCUUGUAUCUCUGCCCCCCUGAUUACACUAUUCUCAGCUUUCACUAUGUAAAUCGGUUUCUCUGUGCAAGAUGGUGAUUUCCGUUUAAACAAUACACUUUAGAUGUUUUAUUUCAAGUUCUGCCUCUCUUGAGUUCUUGAGACACUUAAAACACUCAUGAAAAUCUGCUAUAGCAUUUUUUGUUUUGUGUUAUUAAUGUAGACCUUUUGGGCUUCAAUACCUUCUUAUGCUUUCUCAUGAGUUAGCUUUCUCUCAAUCUACUGUCGUCUGCAGAAAAAAGAAGGCAGCGUCUUGAAUAUCCAAAAAUAUAAGAGCGUGUUAAGUAAAUAUACCUGGAUCCAAACAAAGCAUCUUUGAGACAGCAAGAUCUGCUUUCUCAUUGUCAAAGCGUUUUUCUUUUUAUUGUCAUCUAAGUCAUUGCCAUUGCUGCAGUUUUAUAGGCUAGAGAAAUUGUGUUUUCUGUAGGAAGUGGGUUGGUUGAAGUUUUAUUGAACAGCGGGGAACAAGGUUGUAGGGGUGGUAUACAUAAAAAUGUCAUGUUGACUUUCUAGGAAUCAGCAGAACUGUAGAAUGCCUCAGACAUUCUCUCUGAGUACAUCCUCUUCCCGUUGUAAUACAGAGUGGUGAGGAGGGAUACAGUUAAUGGCCAGGGAUAAGGUCACAUGGCCAGUUUACAUCACAAUUUGAUAUGGACUUUCCAGGAACUGUAGAAUUGUAGAACGUCUCAAGCAUCGUAUCCCAUCAUUUUCAAAGGGACGAUGGUAAUUCUGUUUGUCUGUUUAUUGUGCUAGCUUGACCAUGAAGUGCUUGCAGUGCAGUAGCCCCUGGUAGAGUUGAGACAGAAACAGACAAACAGACAGAGCUAGAUAGAGACAGAUAGACGUAGUAAGAUGCCUACUGAAGAGGCAGGUGGAGAAGAGAUGAGUCAAACAAUCUACAGAGACGCACAUCUACCCCAUUUCUCCAUCGGAGGUAGUAAAUUAAUUAUACCUCACACACACAGAUGGGAACACACACAGAUGGGAACACAUACAGAUGGGAACACACUCACACACACAGGAACAAACGUGCAUGAGCACACACAGGAACACACACACACAGGAAGACACACACACCAGAGGCUAUCUAAUUAAGCUGUGAUCUCUCACCACAGCUGCAGGUCAGAGAGAGGUGAGAGUUGUUAGAGAGGAACAGUUAUUUUACAGUCUGUCUGACUGCAGGACCAAGGUGUUAUAAAACUUUAACUACUCUAUGCUUCAUUUGCAAUAUGAGAUUUUAACCCACCUGUGAGCCUAGAAGCACAAUUCAUUGUAGCCUAUGGACACAGUUUAUGAGCGUACAUUUAUUUGAUGUGUACAGUAUGUGUGUGUGUUCUAUAUAACUGACUAUUUACUGUCUAUACAAUAGAACACAACUUUAUUAUCAAUUUGUCCAGUUUGGGGUUAAGUGCCUUGCUAAAGGGCACAAAAGUAGGAGAUUGUGUAUCUUUGAGUCUAAGGCUGUCCCAAUUAGCACCCUAUUCCCUACAUAGUAUACUGGGUGGGCCCUGGUCAAAUGUAGUGCACUAUUUAGGAAAUAGGGUACCAUUUGGGCUGCACAAAGUAAUCUCUCUGUGACGUCAUGUCAGCUCCUGGAGGCUAGUUCUGACCAGAGCCUGAGGAGGAGGAGACAGACCCAAGAGUUCCUCAGACCCUACAUCGCUGCCAAGAUGACUGCUCUGCCAGACACCUUCACUCUAGGAGACGAAAAGAAGUACAACGGCUUCUACAACAAGCCUCUACCGGGACAGCAGCAGUACCUCUGUUUC